UGGUUUUAUUUUGGAUUCUAAUAAAUCUAGUGAGGAUUAUCUGACUAUCUGAUUGUUUGUGAUAGUUUAAGAGUAGAAAAGGUUUGAAUAUUGAGUAAUGGCACUUAUUAUUUACUAACAUAUGUAAAAUUAAAUAAAUAUUAGAUUGAUGAAAAAAUAAGGAAAAAUUUAUAAAAUGUCUGGUGAAAUCGAUAUUUUUGACGAUAAUGAGUCGCAAUUACCACAAGAUCUUGGAGAUGACGUUGUUCAAGAAGUUUUAAAGACUGGUACAGAUUUACGUCAAUAUUCUAGACAGAUUGAAAAAGAAUUAAAGGAAGUUGAAAAUAAAUCUAUUCAAGAUUAUAUAAAAGAAAGUGAAAAUAUAGCGAGUUUACAUAAUCAAAUUGCUGCAUGCGAUAAUAUUUUAGAGAAAAUGGAAUCUAUGUUGAUGAGUUUUCAAUCAGACUUAGGAAGUAUUAGUUCAGAAAUACUUUAUUUACAACGUAAAUCUGUAGCAAUGAGUCAACAAUUGUCUAAUAGACAAAUAAUUAGAGGACCUCUUAGUCAAUUUAUUGAAGAUAUGACAGUGUCAGAAGCUCUUAUUGCGGGAAUUAUGGACUCUCCAGUAACUGAAAAAGAAUUUUUAACACAACUGCAAACAUUAAAUCAUAAAAUAAAUUUUGUAAAGGAACAAAGUUUUAAAGAAGCAAAAUCAUGUUUAGAUGUAAAAGAUAUAUUAGAGAAACUGAAAGUGAAAGCAUUAGCAAAAAUUAGAACAUAUCUUUUAGAACAAAUUUAUAAAUUUAGAAAACCAAUGACAAAUUAUCAAGUGCCACAAAAUAACAUGUUAAAGUAUAAAUUUUUUUUUGAGUUUAUUUUAGCAAAUGAAAGAAAUGUAGCAGAAGAAAUUUGUGGAGAAUAUAUUAGCACAAUGAGUAAAAUAUAUUAUUCAUAUUUUAAGUCAUAUUCUUCAAGACUAAUGAAAUUGCAGUUUGAAGAAGGAGCUACUAAAGAUGAUCUCAUGGGAGUUGAAGAUACUGCUGGGAGAAGUAUUUUUCAUAAAACCAUAUUAAAGCAUAGAGGUACGGUAUUUUCUAUAGGUAACAGAGGAGAUGUAUUAACUUCUCAAUUGGAAGCACCCAUUAUAGUACCUCAUACUGCAUUUAAAAUAAGAUAUCAUUAUGAAGCCUUGUUCAGAAGUGAACAAUAUGCUCUUGUAGAUAAUGCUUGUAGAGAAUAUUUAUUCUUAACUGAAUUUUUCAAAGUACGUGGUGUGCAGGCAAUGGAUAUUUUCAAUCAGGUAAUGGGAAAAACAUUAAAUCUAAUGGUGAAAAAUUUACAAUCUUUUGUGGAAGAUUGCUAUGAUACUAUCGCUUUAUUCCUCUGCUUACAUUUAGUAAUGCGAUAUCGAUUGACUUGCCAUAAAAGAGCAGUACCUGCUUUAGAUAAAUAUUGGGAUAAUAUGACAUCAGUAAUUUGGCCUAGAUUUGAAUAUGUUUUUCAAUUGAAUAUUCAAAGUAUAAAACAUUGUGAUCCAUUAAAACUUACUCAAGAAACAGGACCACAUUAUAUUACAAGAAGAUAUGCAGAAUUUAGUGCUGCAAUGGUUAGUGUAGUUGAAGGAUUUCCUUGUGAAGGAGCCACUCAAUUAUUAGCAGAGUUAAGAGAAGCUGUACAAUGUUUUCUGUUAAGAAUGGCUGCUACAUUUUCUACUAGAAUUCAACAACUAGUUUUCCUCAUCAAUAAUUAUGAUUUAGUUCUUGGUGUAUUAAUGGUAAAUAUAUAUUAUACUAUAUUAAAAAUAAAUCAAUUAUUAUAUUUUUUAUUUUUAGGAAGAACACGAGAUAAUUCAAAAGAAGCAGAAAGUUUUCGUGAUCAAUUAAAUGCACGAUCUUCAGAAUAUGUAGAAGAAAUUUUAAGUCCACAUUUUGGAGGUAUAAUACAGUUUGUCAAAGAAUCUGAAGCUAUGAUCGAGAAAGGUCAAACUGAUGAAUCAAAAAGACAAGAGGGGAAAGCAUUAGCUCUUGUGCAAUCUUUUACGAAUAAUUGGAAACGGGCAUUAGAAGAAAUUAAUCAUGAAGUAUUGAAAUCUUUUCCUAGUUUAGUACUUGGUACAGCACUUGUACAACGUGCAAUGACACAGCUAGUACAAUAUUAUCAUAGAUUUCAUAAAAUUUUACCACCAAAUGCUCGAACACAAUUAACAAACUUUCAUCAUAUAAUGGUAGAAAUGAAAAAAUAUAAAGCAAAUUAUUAAAAAAAAGAAGAAUUUUAUUUCUAUUUAAAUUAUAUUAAAAAUAAAAUAGAAUUAUAAAUAUGUAAGAUUAAUUUAUUAUUAAAUUUUAUUAAUCUAAUAAUGUAAAUAUUAUAUUUAUACAUAUAUGUAUGUAUAUUUAUAAGUGUGGAAAUGUCUUAUAUAAA